AUGGCUGUUGUUACUCAAUUUGCUUUCCGCACCCUCAAGGGUGUAGGUGUGGUAAAUGGCGCUCCAAGUUAUGAGUCUUUGCCAGGGUUCCAGAGACCCGAAGGAAACAUUCGGGCAUGUGGCUACUCCCCCUGCGGCCGUUAUUUCGCAUGGACUUCUGUCGAUCAGGUGACCAUCAUAAAUGCGGACAAUGCCAGUGUCGUUUCCACGUUGCCUGCAGAGAACGUCUUCGAACUUGGCUUCUCUCCCUUAGGUACCUAUGUCAUCACCUGGCAACGUUCAUCCAAAGACGAAAAUGGUGAUGCGGUCAAGAACCUCAAGGUCUGGUUGGUCAUCGACGAAAAGGCCGCCUCAGAAGGUGUUGAAAAAGAGCCCCUGGCUAGAUACGUUCAGAAGUCGCAGACGGGAUGGAACUUGCAGUAUACUUACGACGAGGCAUACUGCGCGAGAACUGUCACCAAUGAGAUUCAGAUCUACGAAAGCCACGACCUCUCGACUGUCUGGAAUAAGAUCCGAGUUGAAGGUAUUACGGAUUUUGCUGUUUCCCCAGGGAAGAACUACUCCAUUGCGGCGUUUUUGCCCGAGAAAAAGGGACAACCCGCCGCAGUUCGCAUCUACAAUGUGCCGAACUUCACCACUCCAGUGUCUCAGAAGAAUUUUUUCAAGGGUGACAAGGUGCAACUGAAAUGGAAUGACGAUGGCACCUCUUUGCUUGUGCUGGCACAGACAGAGGUUGACAAGACUGGCAAGAGUUACUAUGGGGAGACUACCUUGUACCUACUCAGUGCUAAUGGUGGUUUUGAUUCAAGAAUCGAUCUUGACAAGGAGGGACCAGUACAUGAUGUGUCUUGGUCACCAAAGUCCACCAGCUUCGCCGUUGUUUACGGUUAUAUGCCAGCGAAAACUGUCAUUUUCAAUGCCAAAGCCCAGACGGUCCAUACCUUCCCCCUGGGACCACGAAAUACCGUUCUUUUCUCACCCCAUGGACGCUUCGUUCUUGUUGCUGGGUUUGGGAACUUGGCCGGCCAGAUGGAUAUCUAUGACCUCGAGAAGGACUUCACAAAGUUCUGCACCAUCGAAGCCAGCAACGCUAGUGUCUGUGAAUGGUCUCCAGAUGGCACACAUAUUCUCACUGCCACCACUUCUCCCCGUCUGAGAGUCGACAAUGGCAUUCGAAUUUGGCAUGCAGGUGGUCCACUGGUGUAUAAUGCAGACAUGAACGAGCUGUACAAUGUCUACUGGCGGCCACAAGCGUCAUCGCUGCAUCCGUUGGCUACAAACCCGCUUGCGUCUACCCCAGUUGCGCAUAGUAGUGCUGCUGACUAUAUGGCAACGAAGAAGACACCGAGUAAACCUGCUGGGGCUUAUAGACCUCCUGGUGCAAGAGGCCAGGUGACUCCUCUGUCUUUCAAGCGCGAGGAUGAAGGUGGUGCUGCAUAUGUCCGUGAUGGUGUCUCAUCGUUUGCCAGCAGUAUGAAUGGAUUCGGGAAGUCUCGCCACCGUACCGUGCCCGGUGCGGAACCACUAGAAGAUAAAACUCCUCUGCCACCAGGAGCAGCUCCUGGAGGCGGAGUGAGUCUCACAGGAACAGGCGAAGGAGCAGAUGGAGAGCCAUUAUCCAAAGCUGCCAAGAAAAAUGCAAAGAAGCGUGAGGCAAAGAAAGCUGCUGCAGCUGCUGCUCGCGAGCAAAGUACAUCGAGCAAUCUUGCUCCCGAACAGAGGGGAGGCCGGGGAAAGAGCCCAAACCGCAGUCCUGACGGUCGUGGUCAUAAUCGAAGCAGAAGUCGAAACUUCGUACCCCCACCCGGGUUGGAACCUCCUUCUGGUCCUAAGAAGGAACGCAGUCGGAGCAAUUCCCGCAGACAGCGAGGUGAUACAUCUAGUUCGCAACAUCAUCACAAUCAUGUCAACGGCGCGCCCAAGGGACCCAGUAACAACGUCCCUAACCCUUCGAAUCAAAGACCUCGCAAGGUGCCAGCAGACAUCAACACAGCCAUCAGCAUUCCGCCUCCCCCACCCAUCCCUGCCGGCCAACCACCUGAGCUUGAAGUCACCAGCCCAUUGACACCCGGUGGAGACCCACGGGAUAAGAAGAUUCGUGGACUACUGAAGAAGAUUCGUGCGAUUGAGGAUCUCAAGAUGCGAUUCGCUGGUGGCGAGAAACUGGAGGACACGCAAAUGCGGAAAAUUCAGAGCGAGGAUUCGGUCAGGAAGGAGUUGAACGGACUAGGGUUUUCAGGUUGA